UAGAACAUGUAAUCUAGCUAGCUAUCCAUUCAUUUUAAUGUCAUGUUAGGUAUUGCCGUUGCAACCAGCACAAAUAUGAAAUACAACUAUGUAAAAUCAUAUGACCAUAAUGCAACGCGUUUCGGAUCUAUUGUUAGCGUAGCAUGCUCGUUGUGCAUGCACAGACAGACGACACACUUGCUAGCGUUGCCACAAAAGGCAAUUACUAGCUUGUCUGCAAUAGUGUCGCUAGCUCUCAUGCACGUUCCAAACGAGUACACGUGCAAAGAUGCUGGUCGCUGAAAUUGUUAAUGUUAGUUCGGGGGCCUGAAUGAAUGAGCAAUGUACAGCUUGUUCAGUUCCUAAGCAUAACCUCUGUUGCAAAAAACAGCAUUGUGAUUGGUUAAUAACUGGUCCUCCUACUUAUGACCCAAUGCAUUCACUUACACUGCAUAGUGCAUUUUUAUUUAACUAGGCAUGUCUGUGAACAACAACAUUCGUAUUUACAUUGACGGCCUACCUAAGGCAAAACACCUCAUGCGGGGCUGGGAUAAUAUAUAUAUAUAUAUUAGAACAAAACACAUGCGACGAGACUCGACAACAAUGCAUAAAGAGAGUCCUAAGACACUAGCUUAUUGAUCAAACAUUUGAUAUUUUAAUAGGUUACUCAAUAUACUUUUAGGUUCAUAAGACUCCCUAAGCCAAGAGUUUUUUUGUUGUUGUUUUAAUCAAAUUAUUUCCUUUGUCUAAUCCUCUUCCAUUGUUCAUAUACUGAAGUGGGAGCAUCACCAUGGUGAAAAUCUUCAUUGGGAACUUGUCUCCAGACACCAUGGCAGAGGAGCUGCGCUCCCUCUUCUCCCAGUAUGGAAAGGUCUCUGAGUGUGACAUCGUCAAGAACUUUGGCUUUGUGCACAUGAAGGACAAAGCUGAAGCGGAGGAGGCCAUCAAGAACCUCCACCACUAUGAGCUCAACGGGGAGCAGAUGAACGUGGAGAUGAGCCGCGGCAGACCCAAAGACACCACCAAGCUGCACGUGGGCAAUAUCAACAGCAGCUGCACUAACCAAGAGAUGCGGGCAAAGUUUGAGGAGUACGGCCCCGUGGUGGAGUGUGACAUAGUGAAGGACUACGCCUUUGUCCACUUGGAGCGUGUGGAGGAUGCCAUGGAGGCCAUCAGUGGGCUGGACAACACAGCCUUCCAAGGCAAACUGAUGAGCGUGAAGCUUUCGACUAGCCGCCUGCGUACUACGCCGGGCAUGGGAGAGAGGACAGGUUGUUAUCGGUGCGGGCAGGAAGGCCACUGGUCCAAAGAGUGCCCGCUCGACACUUCGGGCAACUACAGAGAGGGUGCCGAGCCAAGCUCUGACGGAUUCAAUGGCGGUGCCCCUAGGUUCGGCGGUGGCUGCGGUUAUCACCGGGGCUUGAGUGUCGGCGAUCCAGGUUACAGUGGCAGUGAUCCAGUUUACAGUGGAAGCUAUUCUCCCGCGCACGGCUUUGGCGGUGCGCCCGGGUACGGCAGGGCCGCAGGCUAUGAAAGCACAUUGGGUUACGGGCUUCCGCUGGGUUACGGAAUGAGCGCCGCCGAACAUAGCAUGGCCCGGGUGUAUGCCAGCGAGGCAGCGUACGGAGGCAGCAGCUGGAGCCACGGCGUGGUCCCAGCCUACCCUGUGCGGCGGUCAUCGUACGAGGACCGGGAUCCGUAUGGUGCCGUGGACUUCUACGAGAAGUACCGGGCUCGCCCGUAUGGAGCCAGUUAUUUCGAAGAGCGCCGGUCUGUUCCUUUGCCCAGCCCACCGUACCGUUUCUCCUCGGCCAUAAUGAGGGAGCGCCUGCCUCCCUCUAGCCCCGACCUAUACGAGCGCCGUCCUCUCCCUUCUCCACCAGCACCCCUCUCCUCAUACUACUCCCGCGACCGGAGCCCAUUCCGGCGAAUACCUACCGAGGCGUACGAGCGCGCGCGCCUCUCCCCGGUGCCCUCUCUCCCCAGAAGCUCGGCUUACGACAUCCCGCGGGACCCCUACGCCGAGCGGGCGCGAUAUGCUUACUAACCUUUCUCCCUCCUGUCCAGGUAUCGCGACAGUCUCGUGCUCGGUUGACCAUCUUUGUUUCGACUCACGAUGCAUUUCGGCUUUGGCUGCAAUCGCGGGACUGUGAAAGUGCAGACAUUUAGCUUCCCUGUUCGG